AUAUCGACUACCAAACCUUUUUUGUAUCCAUUUAUCCACUCUCCUCAAAAAGUCUCUCUUUCACAUUGAUCUCGUGUUCCUUUAUCAUCAUCAGCUGCCAUAAACAAACAGAGUUUCUCAUUUCGGACAUCAGCUAAAAAAAAUGAAGUUUGAAGGAUCGCAAACACUCUUACCCGUGAGGAAACCUGUAAAUGGAGGUUGUCUCACUCUCAGCCGCGAUCGCAAACGUGCUGGUUAUAAGCUUUGGGUUCUAGUCGCAGUUCUACUCUUGGCCUUUGGUUCUAUGUUAACCGGUUCCGUCUCUCUUAAAGGAAUCGGUUUGUUCCACUCUGUUGACGGCGUUAACGCCUUCUCCGCCGGCGACGAUCUCGACGUAUUGGAAAUUGAGGAGAGAGAGAAAGUGGUGAGGCAGAUGUGGGAUGUGUACGGUCGCUCCGGUGGCGUUAGGGUUCCUCGGUUCUGGCGAGAGGCUUUCGAGGCGGCGUAUGAGUUUCUGAUCAGUGACUCCGCCGCCGUUCGAAACGGUGCCGUUUCUGAUAUCGCGAAGUUGUCUCUUGUUCGUUUUGUUAAGUCAGAGUCUACUCCGGCCCGGCCCAAACGUCUUUGAGUUGUGAAGAUGAAUUAAAAAGCCCAUGAGAAUCACACGACAAAACAAAUUUCUUGUAUAUAGGAUUUAAAUAUUAAUUACUGAAAAAUGUAAACUUAAUAAUCGAUGAUUGUCGAACUGUGAGAAAAAUAUCAAAUGUAAAAAUGCAUAAACAGCGUUUUCGUUCAAACAUCGUUGAGAAAAAUAGUAACCAAAAAUUGCAUA